UAGCAUGUGCAUUAAUUUGAUCAUGACAUUGAAUCUCCCAUUUGCUAAGGAUAUGAUCAUCGUUCUGCUGUUGUGUUACAGAAUCUUCAUGAACAUAUUUAUAUGCUGUUGUUUGUUGUAAGGAUUGUUCAGAUUUAUGUGAUCCAUUUCAUCGAGCUCAAUAUCGUCAUACAGAUUUGCCAGAUUUUCUUAUUCCAUGUCGUGAUCAAGAGAAUUGUCAAGAUCGAUCAGAUGAACAUCGUAUAAAAUAUUCACAUGGUGAACGUGUUCUAGAAACGUUGACGAUAACAGUAACAAAAGGUUAA